CUGAAUUUAACAAACUGUCCGUUAAUCCUCAGAGAAAGUUGUAGAGUAAUGGAGGGCGGGGUUUUUCCUCUUUUUGAUGGACGUGUUGAAUUUAACGAAGGUACCAAUAAGAAGUCCUACAGGUUGAGAAAGGGCUAGCAUUUCUUUACUAAUUACUCCUUUGUCUAUUUGAGAUAUAAAUCUUGCGGAUAAUAUAUUGUGAAAGUGUAUUGCACUUCAGUAUGGUUCAUUUUCAAAUGGUCCUUGGGAAUUAUAUAGGAAAACGGUUUCGCCCAUUUUGACUACUGCGUUGCCAGGUAACCGAAUGUUCAAGCUAACGGCGUGUAGAAGUUAACCCAAGAUAGACAGCAGGUUGGGUGAUUACAUUAAAUGAAGUGUUUGGUACGAUUGGUUAGAGAAGAAACUUAACCACAGGUAAGUCCACAAUUACUGACGACGAAAGGCAUUAUUAUCAACAAAUCAGUUACACCAAUUUAACGUUUAACCAUAACCAUACGUUAUCCAGACUGCAAGCUAGCUAUAUAACUUAGCUUAAUGGCUACUAUUGACCGAAUAUCAACGCUAGACGUUUUCCAUGAGAGGUCGGUCACUGCUCAUUAAUAUAGACUGGUGCUGUGUAAAUGAGUACAAAUGUUUUUGAAUUUGGAAAUGCACCUGGCUAACAAAAUAGGGGGAAAAUACAGUAAAUAAAAUCAUUCUGGUCGAGUACAAGUGAAACAGGUGGGCUCAGAAACACCAUAAUUGGUCAGAAAUGCUUUUUAUUAAACAAAUAAUGAAUUUAUAUGAAACAUACACAAUAAGUAUAUAGAAAUACAUGAGAAUGUAAUUAGUUAUAUAGAAAUAGAUGAGGAGUUAACUUUAGUACCAGUACCGCAUACACAAAUGCAUACUAUGGGCAAAAAGUGUUUGAUUAUGGUAUGCAUUAUUAUGCCAUUGUGUCAGUCAUCGAGUACCUAGCUAAUUGUGUUCUCUGUUGGUCAAAUAAUCUCUUAGUUCAGCUAAUUUCCUUUUAUUUGUGUGUAUUUAACUAGCAUGUUCACUAUGAGGCAUCACAACAGAAGAGCAUUGUCUGAUAAACAAAUUGCCUUGAAUAUGUUCAACAGCCAUAAGAAGGCCAAGGUGAAAUCCAGCAAUACAGGUAUUUCUGCUCCUUGCCACAGUUCAGUUUGUAGUAACAAUAAAACUGAGGAGUGUUUCAGCGAGCCUCAAAAGACGAAGCGUCUUAAAACCAUAAAACAAAGAAAUCAAAUUCGAGAACAGAGCAGUAACCGAUCUAACCAGAGCCAUCAACACUGUGAAAGGAGAAGCAAAGACAAAGGGCCAUGUAGUGAGUGUCAGGAUUGCCAAUGCAGUCACUCACUAAACUUUUCCAGAAAAGAAAAGCCAGUUGUUAAGCCAUUUCCUUCACAGAAGCCAAGCAUUAUCACUGAAGGUCGUCUUACAUCUAUCAGAGGCCUCUUCAGCCAUGAGGUGAGGUCUGUGGACAUUGAAAGACUGGUAAAGGAAAAGAAACAUCAAAAGCACAUAGAAAUGCAGGAAAGACAAGCCACGGCAAGUCCUUCCCCUUCCUGUUUAAUUCCCCAUUCAACACCUCCUGCUGUGAUUUCCGAAAGAAGCGAGGAAGGUAUUUCUGCUUGUGCAAAUAAAGACCAGAAGUCUUUUGAGAAAACAGAUAAUUUACAGACUAAUUUAGAAGACACAGUCCCUGUGACUAUAUGCAGUGGGGAUGGAAAGCACAGUUCUGCACAGACUCAUAAAGCUACAGGUAAUACUACCAGAUCUGGAAGCCCAUCAGAUCAGGCAGGGAUACAAGAAGCUGUGAUUUUGUCUUCGUCAGAAAGUGAACCUGUUCAUAAGUCCUUUCCAACAUCUGUCAAAGUCACCUUGAUUGACCAUAAUGUCAUUCCAAAAAAGAAAAAUACACAAAACCAAAGGCAAACAAAUAAGGCCACUGCUGCCAUGGAUGUGCGACGUGAUUUUGUAAAUAAUGAAAGACCUGACACCCCUGUGGGAUCAGAAGUCUUAAAUUCGGAUGACCCACAAUUUGACCCCAGUCCUGCAAUCUUCGUGUUUUCUUCACCCACACUGGACAAAGAAAGAAGUGCAUUGGGUGAUGAAUGUCAGCACGGGAAACCUGGGGUUUCAUCCAAAGAGGAAGAAGUGAGAAGGCUGGCAGCUCGUCUUUGUCACAAUCUAGGUUCAUUUCCACUGCAGCGCUGCUGCCCUCUGCUGACAGAGUGCAGGAAUGUGCUACUACACCACCUGCAGGAAAGGCAUGGCUCUCAGCUCCAACACAGCCUGCACAGGCUACACUCACACCUCAGUGGGCCACAUUCCCCACAAACUGGAGAGCAAGUCUGGUCCAGCACUGUGCACAAAUGUUUAGACGACACGCAAAAGUAUUUCAGCUAUACAAAGAAGCAUGAAGAUGAUCAACAGAGUGAGACAAUGAAAUUACAGACAGAUAAUGGCUCACAGAAACAUUGUCAACAAGAGGACUUUUGUGAGAAUGUGGAAAGAGGAACAGCCUCUAAGAGGCAGAGGAAGCAAACUUGGGGGAUACACUCACCUCAGGAUUUUGUCACAAAACUCCAGCGACCAUGCCAAGAUACGUUAAGCCAAUGGAGUUUAACAGCACAGACUCAGGAGUCUCCUAGAGCAAAGCAACAUUCCAACUCCCAGACAUUCUCCCAGACAUUCUCCCUGCACCAGGCCUUCACUGGGCCUCAAACUCCAUCACCAAUGUCUUACAGCUGCACAAAUCAGACUUUAGACCCCUUUUUCCUGGAGCCACAGAAGCAAGUAAAAUUAAGCAGUGGUGAAAACAGGAGGAGACACAGCACUACACUUCCACUGCUAGAACAGUGGCGAAAUGACCCUGAUUUAAAUUUUCUGUUCCAAGACGAGAAUUUACAGAAAACCCAUACAUCAUUAGGUCCUCUGACAGAGUUGAGGACUUGUUCUCCUCAGCACAACAUUGAGAGUGUCAGUGAGAGACAGCUCUUUGGUGCUUCCUCUACUGUUUCAGCAUUCUUUCCUCCCGAAGGGUUUUGUUAUGAGCCUUACUAUCGGUUUCCACAUCCAUCCAACUCCUUUAAAAGGUCAGAAAAAUCUGGUAUGACUCUUUACACUCAGACAGAUGUAGAAAAGUGGGGUCUUGAUCCAUCCUUGCACUUGACCACUCCUUAUUUCUAGCAUUGGCCAUAAGCUGUCCACUACAUAUAGCUACUUAUUUAAUGCAUAGCUUUUAUUGUGAUCCAGUGACAUUGAGUGUCAUCACUAGAUCUUAAAAAAGUUAAAUAUGUGGAAUAGUGAAAAUAAUCCCUUUUCUUUUCAAAUGUGUACUUCAACUCUAUAAUUUCAGCUUUGGCCAAACCAGAAUUCUCCAGUAUAAAAUUGGAGAAUUCUGUUACUAAAUAGCAGACUGUAAUUUCCUCAUACAGAAGUAUAUUGCAAUUUUAAUUUGCUCAGAUACAUAUCUAUAAACCUGACAUAUGAUUCUUGUUGAGAAGAAAAAAGUUAUUUCAGAUUGACUGACAUGUCAUUAUUAUGUAUUGUUGUGAUUUAGACAGCAUAGCAGGAUGGAUAAACAUGCCCAGUAACAGUGAUGUAGAGAAUGUGUUUUUUGUGGGUUUUCCCAACAGUAAAUCAGCCUUCUGUGUGAGAUUUUUGAUUGUUGAGACCAAAGUACAUGUGCAAUAAUAA